AUGAACAGAUCACUGGAUCCUACCAUCCGUGCGCACAGACAGCCGCGGACAGCGCACGUGACGUGGAAACUUGCUCGAUCAAACUACCAAUCGUCCGCCGCCGCCGGUUCGCCGCCGAGCCCACAGUCCCCCGGCACUGCCUCCGAAGGUAUCCUGAACUCCGGAAAAUCAGCAGUAGUUCAGCCGCCAGGUUCUGCAACUCUCGCCCUACCUCCUACCUCCUCGUCGCGUGGAGCGGCUCGCAGGUGGGCUUGGUUUCCCUGCAAUCGUUCGCUAGAGCCCUCGCCCUUGAGCACAACCAUGGCCCGCUCAGCCACGAAGCCACAACUGGCGGCCCAAUUGCUUGCGUACAUCCGGCAGCGAAAUGAGGCAGGCGUGGAGAGAACCCUCGCUGCAGGGGCAAGCGUGGAUGGCUCCAGCGAGCUAGACUGGCGACCGAUCAUCGCUGCUGCUGCGUCUUGCAAGGUGGGAAUGGCCGAGUUGCUCAUCAAGAGGAAGGCCGACGUUGACCUGGGCUCUCUGAACGACUUGAGAUGUUCGGACGGGCUCGAGGUGCUGGGCAAGGGGGUGAGGGCGCUGCAUGUCGCCAUCAACCACUACAACGUUGACGUCUUUCGGUUGCUGCUCAAGGCCGGCGCCGACCCGGACUCGGCGAACGGGAAGGGCCUCACCCCGCUGAUGCUGACGUGCAUCCUAGAGGACUCCGCGCGCGGGGAGCAGCGGGCGGUCAUGGCCCGCGAGCUGCUGGAGGCAGGCGCGGACCCGGCGCUGGCGGACUUUCAAGGCAAGACCGCGCUAGGGUUUGCGGCGGCGCGGGACCAAACAAACCUCAUCGACAUCCUCUUGCAAAAGGCGCCGACGACGCUGAACCGCGCGACGCCGGACGGCCUGACGCCGCUCUACGCCGCGGCCAUGAGCGGCAAGGGCAAGGCGGUGUCCCACCUCCUCUCCGCCGGGGCGAGGCAGCCGCCGGCCUCGGCGGAGAAGGACAUGUGCCCCCUCGUGGCCGCCGUGCGGGAGAACCACCAGGAGGUGGUGCGAGUCCUGCUCACGGACAGGGGGAUGAAGGCGAUCGGCGGGGCGGACGUGAUCCCCCGGGCGGUCGGCGCGGCGGCGUCCGCGCGGAAGGGGAGAGCGAGCAUCGUGCGGAUGCUGCUCUCCGCCGAGGGGCACGAGCGGGAGGGGCACUGGGCCCGGUGCCGCUACAAGGAGGACCCCGUGCUCCACAGCGCCGUGUCCUUCGGGAACAUCUCGGCGACGCGCGUGCUCCUCGCGGCGGGGGCGGACGAGACCGCGGAGAACGAGGACGGCCGCCCGGCGAGGGAGGUGGUCGGGUUCAACGCGCCCAGCCUCCAGAGGGACCCCGCCAAGAAAGGGGCGAUCGUGCGCAUGCUGGAGAGGGGCCCGGCGUACCGCGCGCGGUCGUGGGCGUGGCCGGCUACGGCUAGAGCCUACACCGCCGGCCACACGUGUGCUGCUGCUGCGACGACGGCUGCCCCCGGUGCCUGCGGCGCGGCGGCUGCCUCUUCCAAUGAUGUCUGUGGUUCCGGUUUCGUGGGGGGCUCCGGGGACGCUUGUGCUGUCGCGCGCCCGCGGGGGCAUGAACCGGGAGAUGGCUGUGCUGUCCGUGAGGCCGACGGCGCUUGCGCUAAUGGGGAUGAUUGCGGCGGCGGGGCCAGUGUUGAUAACGGCACGGACCUUCCCGCCGCCCAUGGAGGAGGGUCGAGUGCUCCACUGGGAGUUCGAAUCUAUAGGCCAAAGAAACGCAACGCGUUCUUGGUUCCCUGGUUAGUUGCAAGGUACGCCGACUUGGGCGCAGUGCCUCGUGUUGAGGCCACGGGGAUGGUGGUACUGCGAUGAGGAUUUUGGCUUGGUUAUUGUUGCCAAUCCAUGCGGGUAUGUAGCGUGCUUGGAGCUCUCCGGAGCGCCGGCGUGCUUGCGACGGGGAACCGGGGGGCGUCUUCUGUUGUCGCCACUCCAUGCGGGAGUGCGGCUUGCUUGGAGCUCUGGAGCGCCGGAAUGCAUGCGAUGGGGAAUGGGAAGCAUCUUCAACGACGGGGGGCGUCCGUUUUGCGAGCCUGAGGGUUUGGUUGGCGAGGACUUGAGACUGUGGCCGGUGUUUUGGCUUUGAUCAAGGAUGCCACGAAGAAGUCGUUCGAGAAGAUUCUCGAGGAAGAUUGCACGUGCCGCUGAAAUCGGCUCUGGUAGCGAUCCCCCCCGGCGCGCGUCCGCGCGCGGUUCCCCUUUGUUAUGCGUGUUCGUAUCGUCGGUAUUGGUUGGUUGUUCUCCGUAAUGAUGUCAAAUUAGAUCACCCGGAAAAGCGUAUCGCCUCAUCGUUCUGCUUGGAUUGUGCGUGUACCGGUCGUAGUCGCGUUCCGUGCCUGUUCCAUGGAGUUGUUUGCCGAUUCCACGGGUUUUCCCUUUGCUCGUUUCUUGUUGCGUUUUGAUGUAUUAUACAUUGUCGACCGGUGAUUUUUCUCAUUUUUGUUGUCUUCCCUCACUCCCAGUCUUCAAUUCACACCAGCACAGCACAGCAAAGUUUCCCAAUUAUUUUCCCUGGACGUACGUGACAUCCCUAGAGGGGGUGAUUGAGAUAGUCAGAUGAUUGGAAGAUCAUUUUUUUUCGUGCGUUUUCAUUUGAGGGAGGGGGGGGGGGUUGAAGAUUGCCAAUUCAGAGCCCCCCUCCACUUUAAACCUUUGAUGCAGUGGUCCGACGAUUAUGCUCGGUAGGGGAUGAACGGCGUUUUUCGUGACAUGUUGACGAAUUGCCUUUUACAGGAACAAUGUUUAUUCAAGUUCGUUUUGUGUUCCGGUGUAUCAUAGAUCGUGCGUCUUGCGUUGCUUUUAGUUUAAUGUGGUGUAACCUGUCGGCCGUAGAUGUCGUUGACGUGAUGGCUUGAACAAUCGAGGAGGCUAGCUUGAUGAUGCGGUGUGCUUGGAUGUGAUGAACAAGUGGUUCGCUGAGUGCGUACCAGAGUAAGUAACCUGUGAUGACGGUGGGGAUUUCAAGACGGCGACCAUGGUGUUGUCGCGACUACGUAUGCAAUAAUAACGGUUUUGUAAAGCACCCUAGUUUAAGGUAGGUCGUAGCCGGAAGCCAUCCCCGCUCACCACCCCCGCCAUGUGGCGGUUUGGGAGGUCGCGGUACAUAGCAAUGUCUGGGGCACGCUCGACAUCGCGUGAGACAGGCGUUCCGCCAUCAGCGGAGAGGCUCUCUCUUUUUCUUCUUCUGGCGGGUAGAAAACCGAAAAUUAAUACUUCUAACGUUUUG